AUGCAGAACGUAACAAAGGAUAACUUCCUCAGUGUUCUCAAGGGCGACAAAGGUAAAAUGUCGAGAAUUGGAUCCGGCAAAGUAGUCGAAAGUGGUCCACACGAUAAUAUUUUCAUUAACUUUGUCGAUCACGGCCAACCCGGCGCAUUGUACUUCCCAAAGCCCAAGCUAUUUUAUGCCGACACACUGAUCAGAACCUUCAGAGAAAUGUACGACCAACGAAAAUAUAGAAAGAUCGUGUUUUAUAUAGAGGCUUGUCAUGCGGGUUCAAUGUUCGACGGAAUGCUUGAUGACGAUAAAUCGAUUAUGGCCAUCACUGCGUCUGGUCCUCAAGAAAGUUCAUAUGCAACUUAUUGUGACAGUAAUAGCGGAGAAUAUAGUACAUGCCUGGGAGAUUUAUUCAGUGUAACUUGGAUGGAAAACUGGGACAAGUCUGUAGUACGGCAACAGGAUGUGGCCGAAUUCACUUUGGAACGCCAGAUAUUAAAUACUAAAGACCCGAUCAUAAGAAAAUUACUGAAAAAAGAAAUUGAUCACAAAAAGAAAAUGAAACAAUUAGUCGAUAAAAUAAUAAAGGCAAUUUACAAAAAAGUUGCAAAGGAAAUGCCAGGAGUUGCUGCGAAAAUCGGUACACUGGAGAAACCAGCUUAUUUGCCACUAAACAUGGAUAUGUUUCAGUGUAUAGUCAACCGUAUAACCGACAAAUGUUUCUCAGUUUCAGAGUUGACCAAGUAA